GCAGUCGUAUCAGACAGAGAACACGUUUUCUUCAAGACGGCUGGAAUAUGGUUGAAAUUCUAAACGUAGCCGUGGUGCUGCUAUCUGUGGCCUUGUCGAUCUCUUUAUGCCUCAAUGUGAUCUUUUGCAUCAAGCGAAGAACUAUUUUGUGCAGAGAAAAAAAUGGGUCCUGCUGCCCCCACACUUCUGAAGAAGAAACCCUGUCACACAAUGAAGGGCUUUAUUUUCAUGACCUUAAUCAUCAAGAGCAGAGGGAAAAUCCCCACAAUCAUCAUGAGCAACAGGAAAAUCCAAUCUAUGGCAACAUCAGCACAGAGAGAAGAAGUUCUGCAGAGGGUUGCUAUGAGAUGAUGACCAUGCAACGCACAAGAGAAAGUAAGAAGCCUUUCCAGAAUGACCUGAAUUAUGCCUCACUGGACCUGAAGACUGCAAAGAAACGAAAGAAGAAGCAUCGCCAUCAGCAUAGCCAGUCACAGGGACGAAAUCAUUUCCCCGAACAGCUGUCAGUCCACCACACACCUCCUCUGAAUACAUUCUUGGAGGUGGAUGCAGACAUGGAUGCUCAUCUUCCGUCCAGAGACACCAGCACCAUGGUUUCACACAGCAGCAUCUACCUCAACAGUCAACAAAUAGCUCAACAGACGGAGGAAAUGGAAAGAGAAAAGAAUCUGACGCUGGAGAGGAAUGUUGGUUGGAAUAGUAUGCGAAGGCGCGAGGAUGGAGGAAAUCAAGAGAGUGAAGAAAUGAAAGAUGAACAAGAGUGUAACAAUGGGAAUUUAUGUGAACAGCUUUCAGAAGUAGAAACCUUUCAGAGCUGCACAGAUCCUUUCAUUGGUAGCUUUAGCCAGGAUGGUCACCAGCACGGUUAA